GACAAUUAUUAUCUCUUUACGGCAGUUUUCAGUAGAUGGUAAAACUUCAAACAUAAUUAAGGUUAUUGUUUUUUUUUGCAGUAACCGGUUGGCCACGUAUUGGUAUACGUUUAUACCAAUUUUUAAAUUAUUUAUUAAAGUUUUAUAUUAUAGCACAAUGUUAAUAUUAAAAGCUUUGUUUAUUUUAUCGGCCGCAAGUUUUUGUUUAGCCGGUGAAGAACACGUACACGAAUUGACAGACGAUGACUUUACAGCAAGAUUGGGUGAAUUGGAAACCGCUCUGGUGAUGUUCUAUGCACCAUGGUGUGGACAUUGCAAGCGUUUGAAGCCCGAAUUCGCAAAGGCUGCUGAGACUCUUCAAGGAGAUGAAACACCUAUUGCUCUAGCUAAGGUUGAUUGUACUGAAGGCGGUAUAAAGCACUUGUGGAAAGUUUUCAGUUUCUGGCUAUCCAACUUUGAAAAUAUUCCAGUAAUUCAAGAGGAAGAAAUACAGACGACAAUUUCCGCUGCACCUUCGUUAUCCAUGACUAGAAUCGUUCCAAGCUUAGAAUAUAUAAAUCCGGAUAUUUUUGAAACAAGUACCAUUCGGCAUAUUUCUGAGAAUGAACCUUAUCCUGCUGAAGAGCCUCCUCCACCAGAACCUCAACGUUCUGAGCCUAGUACUUUUUCCGAAGAAGUAGCAAGCUAA